UAAUCCUACGCUAUAGCCAGUGCAGCGAGUGAUCUCAUCUCAAACUCACCAUGGCCUCGCCGCCGCCGGAGCGGGCGCCGGCGGCGGAGGCUCGCCGGCGCAGGACGACGGUGUACCACGGCCACCGCCGACCGUCUCCGCACCGCCCCACCGUCCGAGGCGGCGUAUUCUCCGACCUCCGCGCCACCACCGCCGCCUCCUCCCAACCGAGGCCUCCCUCCUCCUCCUCCUCCUCCGCCCCAUUCCGCCUCGCCGACUGGGACCCCUCCUCCUCCUCCUCCUCCACGCCUUCUCCUUCCGCCACCGCGGCCGCCCGCCGCCUCUCCCCGCUCGCGCGGUUCCUCCUCGACGCGCUCCACCGCCACCAGCGCUGGGGCCCGCCCGUCGUCGCGGAACUCACCAAGCUCCGCCGCGUGGCCCCCGAGCUCGUCGCCGAGGUCCUCAGCGCUCGCCCGCCGCCGCCCCCGCCGCUCGCGCUCCCGUUCUUCCUGUGGGCGGGACGGCAGAAGGGCUUCCGCCACUGCUUCCCGGCGUUCCACGCGCUCGCCUCGCUCCUCUCCGCCGCUGGGCUCCCCGCCGCGGCCGACCAGCUUCCCGACCUCAUGCGAGCCCAUGGCAAGCCGGUCUCGCAUUCCCAGCUCAACCUCCUCGUCAGGCUCCACACCGGCGCGCGUCGCCCGCUCCGCGCGCUCCACGCCCUCCGCCGCUUCCGCCACGAGUUCUCCGUGCAGCCUGAGGUCCACGCCUGCAACCGCGUGCUGGGAGCGCUGGCUGCGGCUGGGCAUGUUGAUGAUACCCUCAAGCUGUUCGACGAAAUGUCGCACUGCAGUGUGCGGCCUAUGCCGGUGACAUUCGCGAUCAUGGUGCGUGCGCUGGCGCGGGCGGGGAUGACGGAUAAACUCCUGGAGAUGAUUGGGAGGAUGCGGGCUGAGGUGUGCAGACCGGAUGUGUUUGUGUACACCGCACUGGUGAAGACGAUGGUUCGCUGGGGGCAUAUGGAGGGUUGCAUCAGGGUUUGGGAGGAGAUAAGAAGGGAUCAUGUGGAUCCAGAUACAAUGGCUUACACCACAAUGAUAGCUGGGCUAUGCAAUGCGGGAAUGGUGGAGAAGGCAGAAGAAUUGUUUGGGGAGAUGAGGAGGAAGGGUUUGCUGGUGGACAGGAUGGUGUAUGCGUCUCUCAUUGAUGGGUAUGUCUCCACAGGAAGGGUCAGCGAUGGUUGUAGAGUGUUGAAAGAGAUGGUGGAUGCUGGUUACCGUGCAGACCUGGGGAUCUAUAACACACUGAUUGGCGGGCUAUGUGAGAUAGAGCGGGAGGAUAAAGCACACAAGAUGUUUCAGAUUGUCGUUCAGGAGGAUCUAAUACCAAGCUCCGAGACUGUUUCACCAUUGCUGGCUCGUUAUGCCGAUAAGGGCGAGAUGGUUAAGUUUUUUGGAUUGGUUGAUAAACUAGUGGAGCUAAGCUUGCCUAUAGUUGAAAUUUUAGUGGACUUCCUGAAGCUCUUUGCAUGCAAGAGUGGCAAUGAAUUGAAGGCUGUGGAAGUUUUUAAUGCUUUCAGAAGAAGGGGGCAUUAUAGUGUUGGCAUUUAUAACAUUCUCAUUGAGAAUCUGCUGAAGAUCAAGGAGAGGAAGAAAGCACUUGUGUUGUUCGAGGAAAUGCAAAGUUCAGAUGACUGCAAGCCGGACUCAUGUACAUAUAGCCAUAUGAUCCCAUGUUUUGUGGACGAAGGAAAUAUUGAAGAGGCUUGCUCGUGCUACAACUUGAUGAUGAAGGCAGUUUGGAUACCAAGCAUUUCAGCCUAUUGUGCUCUUGUGAAAGGGUUGUGCAAAAAAGGAGAGAUAAAUGCAGCUAUUUCACUUGUUAAGGAUUGUCUUGGGAAUGUGGAAAAUGGGCCAAUGGAAUUCAAGUACACCUUGACUAUUCUUGAAGCUUGCCAAUCAAAAAGCCCAGAGAAGGUCAUCAAAGUGGUGGACGAAAUGAUUGAGUUAGGUUAUUCCAUAGAAGAAAUUAUAUAUUCUGCUAUUAUUUAUGGUUUCUGCAAGUAUGCAAGUUCAACUGAGGCAAGAAAAGUACUAUCUACCAUGAGAGAUCGCAAUAUUAUUUCAGAAGCCAAUUAUAUUGUUUAUGAGGAUAUGUUGAAUGAGCAUUUGAAGAAUGUCACUGCAGAUUUGGUGAUAUCUGGAUUGAAAUUUUUGGAUCUUGAAUCUAAAUUAAAAUGGAGAAGCAGAGAUGAUUGAGAAAUCUUUGUACAGUUGCUACAUACUAGGUACAACCUGCUUCACUUCACUUGUGAUUUGUGCUAUUUAGAUAUUGUAUUAUGUGUUACCUCUUGUGAGUUGAACAUUGCAUUAUGUAAUAAAUAGUCCUAAACACUUCUAGGGAUCUCAUAACCUGGUUAUUCCAUGGUAUGUUUAGCUAGAGUUGAUAUCCAUGGGCCUCUGGUUUGUACCAAAUUAUGGAUAAUUCAUACUUCAUACUGAUCCUGAUCAUUUUUCUCAAGUAUUUUUUUUAAGAAAACACAAAUCUGGUAUUCCACCAAAAAAGUCAACAUGUGGGAGUGGACGUGGAUGAGUUUGGGAACCCUUGUUGUGCUUAUCCCUCCAUAGAUUUAUCAUGAGAAAAUUUAAUGAUACUGUAGUAUGUAGAACAUAAGUAUGUAUGUUACUUGACAGACAGUUAUUUGGAAAAUUCAUGCCUGCAUAAUGUUGUGUAAAUUCAUGCCUGCAUAAUGUUGUGGGCAUAUAGGAGAUAUUGAGUAACCAAUGAUGGUUCUCACAGACUCACACAGUCACACUAACGAAUGGGCCUGAUCACUUUACAUUAUUGGUGACAUUAUGCAGAGAAAGUAGGUAAAGGUAGAAGUAUACAAGUUCUCUAAUGAGCAACGACGGCACUACAGAUGAAUGAGCCUUACAGCAUAGGUGUUUUUUGUUUACACAAUUUGGAGGAACAAGCAGUGUAUACAACCAGUUCCUUCUGAGUUUGUAGUUUGAGCAGGCCAACUUGGUCUGAGGCAUGUUAGAACUUAGAAAGAUGUGAGUUGCAAGCUGAGAAAAUAUGAUUUGAGUACUGAUUAGCUAACCUCAAGCAGCUUGGUUCUUGCCCUCCCAUAUCAAGUCCCGAUGCUUAAUAAAAACAGAGUGCAUGGUUUCCUGCCGUUUAACAUUCAUUGUUUAUUUAUCUUCAAUUUACGAGCUGGUGUUGAGAGCCUGAACUAAUGGACUAAUUUUGUGAGUCAACUCUUCCAUGAUAUGUCCUCCGUUUUAGUAUUUAGGAUUCGACUGGACCAUUUAUGCAAACACACAACACUGACACCUAUGUCCCCAGUUGGCCAGUCACUUGGUUAAUGGUUACAUAAAUCCAUGCACACCCUUGCUUGUAGCUAAGUAUUAUUUCAUUUUACUUUUAAAUUCAAGAUUGCCAAUCUUUUGUGUAAUUGCUAAUAGCAGUACUGUAUUUUGACAUAGCAGAGAUAAUUAAAGCAAUUUUCAUCGUUUUGUUUUAUCAUGUCUCAAUAUUUUAUGCAUGUAUGGUAAAUGGUAAUGUGCCUUCAUCCCUGUAUCCUACUACAUAUGUUGUACCAUUAGCAAGUUAAAGAAACACGCACACCAAAAAAAAAAAACUGACUCGGUCCCUAUAUAUGGGCAAGUGGUACUCAAAUGAAGUAGUAUAUCAGUCCCAACUUCUUUCAGGACGGUAAUGAUAGCGUUUCAUUUUACUGGGGAGCUGAUUCUUAUCAGUGACAUGACACUGUUGAAUCUUUAAAGGGUGUGGAAUCUGGAUCGCUUCCUCUCUACAUUCCUUUAAGUAACUUGAUCAGGUUUCUUCUUCACAACCACCCCUGGAGAACUAGCUUCCUUAGAUGAGGUGAAAAAGCCAAUCCAGCCAACUGGUCGUACAAGUGAGAUCCAUCUGGUGCAGCCUGGAAGGUUGAUGGCUUGAUACAGAGAUGAUGAAAAGCAGCUUGAGGUUUUGAAUCUAUGCAAGUUUGUUCUUACUGUUCUGAUGGUACACCUUAUUUCAGAGACUACAGUCCGAAAUUUCUGAUUAUUUAGGCAGUUAGAAGUCCCGAGCAGCGGCAACCGGGUCUCGCCCAGCCUCCGCUCCCAAGCUUUGAGAUUUGAGAAUCCCGGGUAGGGGCAGUGGAAGCCGAGGGUGCCACCAUCCAUAAAUUUCUGUCUGUAAAUUAUCACACUUUUUAGGACUAAAACUUCGGUAUUGUGAAGGAAAACAAGAAAUGAUAUUUAUUUUAUGCCAUUCUUUAAAUUUUGGUAUCUAAUAUGAAGCUUAAAAAACACGUGCGUGAUGUAUUUUAAAUUGUAUAAUCUAUAUUAUCAUAUAUUGUUGUCA